GGUCAACGAUAUAAAGCGGCAGCAUCAGUCAUCUCAUUAGUUAGAUACGUGCGUUGCGUAUCGGAGGAAGCGGCAGCCUUCAGCUAUGUUGUGGUACACUCUUUUACCUCUGUCGCUCUUGUUCGCGCAAUACUUUGUUGAUGCGGCGCGAAUACCAAGAGCCACGGAAGAACCGCCGGCCACCGAGAACUGUGGUUACAAGGCGUGCCAUGCUGUAGAUCCGACUAAACUUAACAUUCAUAUGGUCUCACAUACUCACGACGAUGUCGGUUGGCUGAAAACUGUGGAUCAGUAUUAUUUCGGAAGUCGCUCUACGAUUCAAAAGGCCGGCGUACAAUAUAUUCUUGAUAGCGUUAUUAAGGCUUUGCUGGCUGAUCCUAACCGAAGAUUUAUUUACGUGGAGACUUCUUUCCUCUGGAAAUGGUGGUUACGACAAAACGAACAAGUCCGGGCCGACGUCAAGAUGUUGAUCAAUGAAGGACGAUUGGAAAUCAUCGGAGGAGCAUGGAGCAUGAACGACGAGGCCUGCAGUCACUAUCAUUCGUUGAUUGAUCAAUUCACAUGGGGAUUUAGACGACUCAAUGACACGUUUGGAAGUUGUGCCAGGCCGCGUAUAGGAUGGCAGAUAGAUCCGUUCGGUCAUUCCAGAGAACAGGCCUCUCUCUUCGCGCAGAUGGGAUUCGACGGGAUGUUAUUCGGUCGCAUAGAUUAUCAGGAUAAGAGCAAAAGACUGCGCGAACAAUCGAUGGAAUUCAUUUGGAAGAGCAGUCCGAGUUUAGGCAAGCGAGCGAAUUUAUUCACGGCCGCAAUGUACAACACUUACAGUCCACCACCAGGAUUUUGCUUCGAUGUUCUAUGCGCCGACGACCCGAUGAUCGAUGACCCUGAUAGCCCGGACUACAACAUCGACAAAAAGGUGGACCUAUUCCUCACAUAUGCGCAUAAUCAAGCACGUGCCUACAGAACUAAUCACGUUAUUCUUACCAUGGGGGAUGAUUUUAACUACCAACAGGCUGACAUGUGGUUCGCUAACUUGGACAAGCUGAUUAAAUACACAAACCAGCGUAAUGGUUCCAGAGUCAACGUGAUUUAUUCGACACCCUCAUGCUACUUAAAGGCUUUGAAUGACAAGAAUCUUCAAUGGCCUACUAAAAGCGAUGAUUUCUUCCCGUAUGCGAGUGAUCCUCACUCUUAUUGGACCGGCUACUUCUCAUCGAGACCAACCUCGAAGUAUUUUGAGCGUAUGGGAAAUAACUUAUUGCAGACAAGCAAACAGCUCGUCGCUCUGACAAACUUGAAGAAUCACGAUGAACACUUGGAACACUUUCGUGAAGCGAUGGGAGUGAUGCAGCAUCACGAUGCCGUUACUGGCACUGAGAAGCAAUUAGUCGCGAACGAUUAUGCGCGUUUAUUAUACAAGAGUAUGUCUGAUGCAGGAGAAAUAAUCUCGGAGGCCAUAGGGAAAUGGUCAGAAAAGGCGAACAAAUCGGAACCAUCCCUCAAGAUUUUCACGUGUUUGGAGCUGAACAUUAGCUCGUGUGCAUUUUCUGAGAAAAAUGACAAGUUUGUGGUUGUAGUGUACAAUCCUCUGAGCAGACCUGUCUCUACUUAUGUUCGUCUUCCUGUUACAGGAAAUUCUUAUGAGAUUGAAUCGUUGAAUGAUGGAAUGCAUCCAGUCACGCAGAUAGUUCCGAUUUCCGAAAGAGUACAGAAAAUCCCAGGAAGACUGAGCACUGCGAUAAAUGAAAUUGUUUUCCGCGCAACAGAUAUUCCUGCUCUCGGUCUACGAUCCUAUAUCGUUACUAAAAAACCGCAGGAAGAACUAACAGAACAACCCAAAUCGGAAUUCAUAAGCAGCGAGUUAUAUAAUAUAUCUAUCAACAACAACGGUAACGUAAUGGUACGCUGGAACAAACAGAAAGAUAUGAAUCUCAUACAAUCUUUCCAUUUCUACGAAGGAGCGGAAGGUAAUAACAAGGUCUUUGUUAAUAGAUCAUCCGGCGCGUACAUCUUCAGACCUAAAGAAACAUCAGCCAAAAAUUUUGCAUAUACCGGAUCGUACAAAAUUCACAAAGGUCCUAUCGUGGAAGAACUUCAUCACACGAUAAACGAAUGGGUCAGUCAAGUAGUUCGGAUCUACCCAAAAGAAGAGCACAUCGAAUUCGAUUGGCUCAUUGGCCCGAUACCUACCAAGGAUAAGAUCGGCAAAGAAAUUAUCACGAGGUAUUCAAGCAACUUGAAAACAGACAACGUAUUUUAUACAGAUAGUAAUGGAAGAGAGAUGUUGAAGCGUUUGAAAAAUUAUCGGCCAACAUGGGAUUUGGAUUUGAAGGAACCAAUAUCUGGAAAUUAUUAUCCGGUGACUAGUAAAAUUGCAAUCAAGGAUGAGGAGAAACAAUUAAAAUUAAGCGUUCUGAAUGAUCGUGCCCAGGGCGGAAGUAGCUUGCAGGACGGCGAAAUUGAAUUGAUGCUUCAUCGAAGACUUCUCAAGGAUGAUGCAUUUGGCGUAGACGAAGCGUUGAACGAAACUGCAUUUGGUGAAGGUUUAGUAGUAAGAGGCACGCAUUAUCUCUUUGGAGGUAAAAUGAAAAAUGUGGAUCAAUUCGUAUUGAAAGAGAAGGAACUGGCUCUCAAAUUGGCUCUACAUCCCUGGAUCUUGGGUACUUCCAUUAAUUCGAGCAAUGUCGAAAAAUUUGCUGAUGCCAAAUUCUUGAUCUCAGGUCUUAAUAAGGCAUUACCACCAAACGUGCAUAUUCUUACUUUAGAGCCAUGGAAAGAUGAUACAAUCCUGCUGAGAUUGGAGCAUAUCUUUGAAGUUGAUGAAGCGCAACAAAUGUCUAAACCGGUGUUAAUUAAUAUCCAGGAUCUAUUCUCAACAUUUUCGAUUCAGUCAAUUAAAGAAACUACAUUAGGCGCUAAUCAGUUACUGAGCGAAAAUGAUCCUAUGAAAUGGGAACCAGAGACAAACGAUAUUAUUCUAGAUAAGGAAGAGAACAUACAACAUGUGGAGGUUCAUGGCGAUAUGAUGAUCCAUGUUCUCUUAAAUCCGAUGGAAAUAAGAACAUUCAUUCUUAAAGUGGUUCGAAAAUCUCUUUAAUUUUUCAAUAAAAAUUUCUUUUCUCUCAUAAAAAAAAA